AUGCCCGCCGGCACAUGGCCGGCCGCAGCCGCAGCCACCUCCGCCCCGGUGUCCGCCGCGGUGCGCGCGGCCUUGCGAAAGCUCGGCGGUCUCCUCCCCCGCGCGCACCGCCCGCACUCCACCACGGCGGCCCCAGACGCCGCCGCCGUCGCACCGACGUCGUCGCACACCCUCCACGACUACAACCGCCUCCUGGCGGCGCUCGCGCGGGACGGCGACGGCGACGCGGCGCUCCGCGUGCUCCGCCACAUACGCCUCUCAUCGCCCGCGUGCGCGCCCACCGCCGCCUCCUACACCUCGGCCAUGUCGGCGCUCGCCAAGGCCGGCCGCCCCGCCGACGCCGCGUCCCUCUUCGACGACAUGCUCGCCAACGGCGUCGCCCCCGACCGCGCCGCCUUCUCCCUCCUCCUCCACGUCUACUCCUCCCACCUCCACCUUCCCGCCGCCGCGCACUCCGUUCUCCUCUGGAUGACCGGACUCGGCCUCCCGCCGACCCCCAUCGACUACACCGAUCUCAUAUUCUCCUUCUGCCGCGCCGGCCGCCUCGACAACGCCCUCCAGCUGCUCGACGAAAUGCGCGCCUUCAAUCACCCACUGACACCACAUACAUUCGCGCCGAUCCUCAAGGCAGUCUUCGAUAAUGCCGACAUCCAGGCAGCUGACGAACUCAUAAGCUCCAUGCGUUCCUCUGGUUGCCUCCCUGAUGUCGUCAUCUACAAUAUAUACAUCGAGGGGUUGUGUAAGAUUGGGGGUUUUGACGUUGUCGAGAGGGUUAUUUAUGAGAGUGACCGGAGUGGGUGGGAACCAGAUGCAGUGACAUACAGCACCUACAUUGUUGGGCUUUGCCGCUCUGGAUACAUUGAGGAAGCAUUUCGGCAGCUGGAAAGGCCCCGUUCGCUUCGCUGAAAAAACAAGCAAAACACUGUUCCGGCUGAUUUGUUGCGAGAGAAAAACACUGUUCCGGCUGAAAAAAUAAGCUAAAAAGUACGGAUUAUAAGAGAAUUAGACCACGUUGCCCAGAAUCUUGAUAUGUGGGUAGGCAAGGAGGUCCUGGAGCGGUGCCAAGAGCUGGGCUUUGUGGUCGAUGUCGUGACAUACAACACAGUCAUGGAUCAUUUCUGCAAGAAAGGGAAGUGGCUGCAUGUCCUAAAGUUGUUCACGGAUCUGCUCAAGAAACCAAUAACACCCAAUGUGCAGACAUACAACAUUUUGAUUUCAUGCCUAUGCCGAGCUGGCAAGUUUCAGUGUGCCAAAUAUGUGUUCAGCAGCAAGGGGUUCGUGCCAGACACUGUGACUUGUAACAUUCUGUUCCAUGAGUUCUAUGAGGACGGAAAGGAAGGUGAGCUUGGUUUUUUGUUCGCUGAUGUGAAUGCUGGGAAGAUUGCCCCAGAUACCAUCGCAUACAAUACACUGGUUGAUUGUCUCUUUAGGUCUGGGAGGAGGUCGCAGGCUGCCAAUUUUGUUAGGCAUAUCAAUGGUGGCUACCCUGCGGAGCCCGUUGCCAUUUGA